GUGCGCCACGUCCCAAAUCCAUUCAACUAACGUUGGAAACUCCACUCUGUACAGUCGAGGGAGGUAAUCAACCAAUAGCUGACGGAGAAGGCGAGGAUCGAUUUGCAUUGUAGUAUGGGCGUUACGAUCCCGCUUGCAAUUCAUUCACAAUCUCGUGUUUGGGGAGGCAUGGCACCUGCUCUCUCCUUACACACUUCACAGGCUUUCUACUCAAAAGGGAGUAUUAAGCCAGAGUCUUCUGCAAAGCCUUCCCAAGGAACGAGACUCACACGGAAGAUACAUUUCCGGAUCCAGACCCGAGCAUCUGCAAGAGGACAGCUUAGCGGAGGGCGAUUUAAUCAAAAGCAUCGCCGUUUUCUUCAAUUGGCCGAAGAAACUCCUGGUUUAAGGCAAGUUGCUGCAAAGGAAUUGACUGCAAUCGAAGAGGAAUCUGUAAAUGUUGCUUCAGAUCCAUUUGAAAUGAUAAAGAAUAGAUUCUUGACCUUCAAGGAGAAUCAUUUCUCGAAGAAACCAGAUCUUUUUGCCAAUCUUGCUGCCUCCCAAAGUCCAAAGUUUAUGGUGAUUGCGUGUGGAGACUCCAGAGUUUGUCCAUCAAAUAUAUUAGGUUUUCAGCCAGGAGAAGCAUUUGUGAUCCGCAAUGUUGCUAAUUUAGUUCCCCCAUGGAAGGAGAGUGGCUUUCCAGCAACUAGUGCUGCAUUAGAAUUUGCAGUCCUGGCUUUGAAGGUUGAGCAUAUUUUAAUUAUUGGUCACAGCCGUUGUGGAGGGAUCAAGGCGCUUAUGUCAAUGUCAGAUGAUGAAACAACCUCAAGUGAAUUCAUUGGAAAUUGGAUUUCAAUAGCAAAGCCAGCACGCAUCCGGACAAAAUCUUUAACUGCAGAUCAACCUUUUGAUCAACAAUGUAGCCACUGUGAAAAGGAAUCAGUGAAUCAGUCCAUAUCAAACUUAUUGACAUUCCCUUGGCUCAAAGAGCUUGUAGCUCAGGAGAAGUUGUUUCUUCAUGGUGGCUACUAUAAUUUUGUAGAUGGCUCUUUUGAGAAAUGGACUCUAGGUUACAAGGAAGGAAAAUUUGAAAAGAUUGACGAUGCAAUUACCAAUCGUGCUUUGUGGUGUUAAAUUGCCAAUUUUCACUGGAAAAUUUCACUAUUAUCAUUUGUGCAAGAUAUAUAAUCUUAUGAAAUUGUGCAUGGCUCAUUGCCAGUGGUCUACAUGCAGAGACUUUGUAUUUGUUUCCUUAUUAGAUAGCAGUCUUGUAAUAUGAAUCAUGAGCUGUGACAUACAAUGCUUCUAGCUGUAAUGUAACUUAAUCACACUGCUAUGGUGUCUGCAUUUAGGCUUCAUCAAGAGAAUGGAUGAAUGGGGACAUAUUUUGGCCAUGUCAAAACAUAUAUAUGGACCAAAUAGGUACACAAACUCAAUGUUCUAGAUGAGACAACAAUAUUCUUGUCUCCAUUCUACAUGUAUCACAAUGUUAGUUGGUUGCUCUCUUUCUUUA